AUGCUGCUGGGAGAGCUCCUGGCGUCUCGCUGUCUGGACGUGGAGCCGCCAAGACCCUCCGCCCAGCAGAAGCCGAGGCCUCCCGGAUGCUUCAGGCUCAGUGGCAGGUCCCUCUGGCCUGGAUGCCAGGACUCCAUCACUGCCCUGGGCUUCCUUCAAGAGACAGAAGAGGGGCUGGCCCUGCCCCCAACUCAGGACCCCCUGGCCCUGGGACCCUGCUGGGGACCAAUGACCCUGGGGACUUUGGACCCCUUAACUAUGGCCAGGAAUUCCAAGAACAUGCAGACCCCAGUCAGCCAGAAGCGCUGCAGCAUGGUGCCCCCUGAGGGUCCUCCAGCCCCAUCCCAGAGAAGACCACGCAAACAGCCGCACCCCUGCCGGGGCACUGAGAAAGGGGACCCCACGUUCCAAGGAGUGACUCUGACUUUUGAGUUAAAGCCGGACUGCAGCCUGCAGAUCUUGCCCACCUACAGCAGCCACUCUCAGGGACCACCCGCAAGCCCUGCCAGCCCUGAGCCCAGCCCUGGAGGCAGCGAGGCCCAGGCUCCACGAUGCUGUGCCUCCUGUAGGACCCAGAGGACCCCUCUCUGGAGAGAUGCUGAAGAUGGGACCCCUCUCUGCAAUGCCUGUGGUAUCAGGUACAAGAAAUAUGGUACCCGUUGUUCCAGUUGCUGGCUGGUGCCCAGGAAAAGUGUCCAGCCCAAGAAGCUGUGUGGCAGAUGUGGGUUGUCCAUGGACCCCCACCAAGACCCAACUCAGGAAAUGUAAGCCCUUCUUCACUCAAGUGACCUGGUUCUGCCUCAGUUUUCCUAGGGGAAGAAUGGG